CGUUCAGCAGCGGCCCCGACCUGUCGAGAGCCGUAAGUAAAGUGUCGCAAAGCAGAAGGAAGGCGGGAGUCCCGACUGCAAACGUUGGGGAAAGCCAGGCAGUAGAGGCCGCUAUGGCGAACGUUCCGUGGGCCGAGGUCUGCGAGAAAUUCCAGGCGGCGCUGGCCCUGUCGCGGGUGGAACUGCAUAAAAAUCCGGAGAAGGAACCGUACAAGUCCAAAUACAGCGCCCGAGCGAUGCUCGAAGAGGUCAAGGCGCUGCUCGGCCCCACGUCUGAGGACGAGGAUGAGCGGCCUGAGGCCGACGACUGCCCAGGUGCGGAUGACCACGCCCUGGGGCUACCGGCUGAGGUGGUGGAGCCCGAGGGGCCUGUAGGCCAGCGAGCGGUGAGGCUGGCGGUCAUCGAGUUCCACCUCGGGGUGAACCACAUCGACACUGAGGAGCUAUCGGCGGGGGAGGAGCACCUGGUGAAAUGCCUGCGGCUGCUGCGCAGGUACCGGCUCUCGCACGACUGCAUCUCCCUCUGCAUCCAGGCGCAGAAUAACCUGGGUAUCCUGUGGUCUGAAAGAGAAGAAAUUGAAACUGCACAGGCUUACCUAGAGUCAUCAGAAGCACUAUAUAAUCAAUAUAUGAAAGAGGUUGGGAGUCCUCCUCUUGAUCCAACUGAAUGUUUUCUUCCUGCAGAAGAGAAACUUACUGAACAAGAGAGAUCAAAAAGAUUUGAAAAAGUUUAUACUCAUAACCUAUAUUACCUAGCUCAAGUCUACCAGCAUCUGGAAAUGUUUGAGAAGGCUGCUCACUAUUGCCACAGUACACUAAAGCGGCAGCUUGAGCACAACGCCUACCAUCCUAUAGAGUGGGCUAUCAAUGCUGCUACCUUGUCACAGUUUUACAUCAAUAAGCUAUGCUUUAUGGAGGCCAGGCACUGUUUAUCAGCUGCUAAUGUAAUUUUUGGUCAAACUGGAAAGAUCUCAGCCACAGAAGACACUCCUGAAGCUGAAGGAGAAGUGCCAGAGCUUUAUCAUCAAAGAAAGGGGGAAAUAGCAAGAUGCUGGAUCAAAUAUUGUUUGACUCUCAUGCAGAAUGCCCAACUCUCUAUGCAGGACAACAUAGGAGAGCUUGACCUAGAUAAACAGUCUGAACUUAGAGCUUUAAGGAAAAAAGAACUGGAUGAGGAGGAAAGCAUUCGGAAAAAAGCUGUGCAAUUUGGAACUGGUGAACUGUGUGAUGCCAUCUCUGCAGUAGAAGAGAAAGUGAGCUACUUGAAACCUUUAGAUUUUGAAGAAGCCAGAGAACUUUUCUUAUUGGGUCAGCACUAUGUCUUUGAGGCCAAACAGUUCUUUCAGAUUGAUGGUUAUGUCACUGACCAUAUUGAAGUUGUCCAAGACCACAGUGCUCUGUUUAAGGUGCUUGCAUUCUUUGAAACUGACAUGGAGAGACGGUGCAAGAUGCAUAAACGCAGAAUAGCCAUGCUAGAGCCCCUAACUGUAGACCUGAAUCCACAGUAUUAUCUGUUGGUCAACAGACAGAUCCAGUUUGAAAUUGCACAUGCUUACUAUGAUAUGAUGGAUUUGAAGGUCACCAUUGCUGACAGGCUAAGGGAUCCUGAUUCACACAUUGUAAAAAAAAUAAAUAAUCUUAAUAAGUCAGCAUUGAAGUACUACCAGCUCUUCUUAGACUCCCUGAGAGACCCAAAUAAAGUAUUUCCUGAGCAUAUAGGGGAAGAUGUUCUUCGCCCUGCCAUGUUAGCGAAGUUUCGAGUUGCCAGUCUCUAUGGCAAAAUCAUUACUAUGGAUCCCAAGAAAGAGCUGGAAAAUCUGGCAACAUCAUUGGAACAUUACAAAUUUAUUGUUGAUUACUGUGAAAAGCAUCCUGAGGCUGCCCAGGAAAUAGAAGUUGAGCUAGAACUUAGUAAAGAGAUGGUUAGUCUUCUCCCAGCAAAAAUGGAGAGAUUCAGAACCAAGAUGGCCCUGACUUAAUCCCUGCUUUUAAAGAAAGGAAAUGCAUAAUGUUGAAGUGAUCUUUUUCCCUAGUCAAACUGGCGCAAUUCCAUUGUGAUGUUUACCUUUAUAGCCAGUUGAGUGCAGUUUGAGCUUGAAAUACAGUAAACUGAGUGUUUGCUAGGAUCCUAAGGAACAUAAAGUUAAUUAAUAAUUUACACCUAAUUAUGUAAAUUGCCUUGUUAAAGACAUGUGAUUUUUGUAUUUUCGAUGCUUGUUUCUAUUUAAAUAUAAACCUUUUUAAAUGUAGAUUAUUUGUUGGCUAGUACUUGAUAGAUUCCUUGUAAGAAAAAAUGCUGGGUAAUAUACCUGGUAGUCAAGUCUGUUACUGUAUUAAAAUUGAAAAAGUAACUCUGUAGUUACUCUUUCUAAAAUAUUUGAUUUCCUAAAUUCCCCCCACUCAAAAUCUUUCCCUUUUGAAAAUACUAAAAACUAAGUUAUGUUAUUAUAAAGUGUAAAAUGGUUUGUCUCAAUUAUAGGAGCAAAAGGCCUUGUUGGAAAGAAAAUAAACAGACUUAUUUCACUAAUAAAAACUUCCAUUUCCCCUUUUA